GGCUACGUUAUUGUUUGUUAGUUUCGCUGUUUUUGGUUUAUAAUAAAUUUGUUGUCUUCUCUUUUCUCUUAUAUAAACAAAUUAAAUGCUGUCCUGCAAAUUCUAAAAAUGCUAAGUAUAUAGCAUACUUGAAAAUUCCUGCGGAACUAAGUUCAUCUGGGCUGCACCUGCGCAGGCGUGUGAAAUGUUCAUCACUUCCUCUGGGCCUUUUCAGUCGUAACUAUCGAACUCUUUCGGGGAUCGGGUGGGAAAUGUUGGCUCCCCUGGGCUUUAGCUGUCCGCGAUGUUUGCUACUGAGGCGUGGAGCAGAACGUUGGGCCUCCCUAGCCCGUCAAUUGUCAGGCAACACCUCCCAGGAUACUACCAACCAGGACAACGCCGGCAAAGAUUCCACUAAGGACACAGCUUCUGAUAGCAAUGCAAAGUCUAAGGAGGCAACAGCUAAAGCCAAAGAUAAGAACACCAAGGGAAGAAAGAGACUCAGGAACAUCGAGAUACCCCCCGAGCCCACCACCUGCUGCAUGUCUGGAUGUGCCAACUGCGUUUGGCUAGACUAUGCUCAGACGUUGGCCAAGCUUCUGGGCGACAACGAUGAGGAGGCCCGCGAGAUUGUUCUGAGCAAGAUCACUGAUCCAAACCUGAAGAUGUUUCUCAGCCUGGAGCUUCGUCAAAUGGCCAGGCAGCGGGAGGAGAAGAAGGCAGCAGCGGAGAAGGAAGCAAAGAAGGGGAAGCCAAAGUCACCGCCCUCAAAGUAGUACAAAUGUCUUCACCCUAUUAUCUAAAUAUCUAGUUAGGACCAAAAUCGUAGUAGCUCAAAUUUACUCUUGUACUUAGAACUUAAGAACUGAAAAACCUCAAAAUAAAUGUCUAAGAGUUCAGAACAAAAUAGUAAA